UUUUGAGUCUUGUGAGCCUUUCUCAGAACACAGAAUCUGAAAAGUUAAUAUUGUUUUUCUCUCUGCACAGAUGUUGAAUUUCCGUUUUUGUUUUAUUUACUAAAAGCCUGUAGUGUGGCUGCUUGUUUCUCCCCAACAUCUCUCUCCCUCUCACAAACACACUCUGUCACUUUCUCUUUCCGGACACUAUUCAACCUCUUCCCGCAGAUGCCCCGUUCCCCCUCAGCGGGGGCCUUAAAGCAGACGGACCGGAUGUUCGCUCCCCGCACCGGAAGGUGUCCCACUGGAUUGAGUCCGCUGUGUCUGAGAAACAUUGUGCAGACGAAUAAAACAGAGGGGAAGAACUAAUUCUAAGAUCGGCAUAUUGUGAUGAAGAAAUAGUAGAUGAACAAGUCAUUCGUUAAAUUUUCAUUACAUUACUGAUAGCUCCAAGGAAAAGGACAGAAUCCGGAGUUGGAGCAAUAAUGUUGAAACAUUUAUGAUGUUGGGAAACUUGUUUUUAAACAUUACAAACAUGCCAACAGCUUCAACCAAUCAUGACUGGUUUACACACUUUGCGCUUUUGGUUUAAGAUUACACUGUCUUUCUCUCCAGUCUAAAAUGGAACAUAUUUCACCAGGAAUGCAAGUGUGUCCAUUUUGUGGUAAAGCUUUUAAGCGACUGAAAACACAUCUUCCUCACUGUAAGGUGGCCAGAAUUGUGAACAGUAAAUCUAAUUCUAAAGAGACAGAGAUACCAGUUGCAAUUCCACAGCAAAAAUUAAGUUGCAAAUCUGUUAGCUCUCCAGCAUCAUCUAACAAGAAGACAAAAGUUAAAGCAAACUCAGCAAAGACUUUAACACAGAAGGAAGAAGCAGCAUCACCAAAAAAGAGCAAUCAUUCAAUAGGUUUAGGAAAUGAAUUAUGUACUUCUGUACAAAGUGUUUGGAACAAAGAUAUUAAUGAGCCACAGUCAGGUCAAGAAGAUUUGAUGAACAGGAGAGAGCAAAUCAGAAAAAAAUGUCAACAGUCUGUUAGUCAGACAACUAAAGGACAAUCUAAAUGGGCAAAAAAAGAAAUGGUCUUAAAAUCAAAGUCAAAUGAGCAUUUUUUAACACUGGAUGAGGAUAAGGUAGAUGCAAAGUUAAAAGGUGCUGCUAGAGCAAAAGUGAAGAGUUCGCAAAAGAUUGUAAAUGACAAUUCUUUAAAGAAAAAGCAAGGAAGUAGUUCUUUAACGAUUCCACUGAAUGAAAAAGGAUGCACUAACUUGGUAUCAAAAAGUAUAUUUUGCCCAAAAGGGAAAACAGUUCUUAAUUUAGAACAAAUUUACACUCGACCAGAAUUUGAAAAGGAGACAACUGUGUUGGAUCUGAAAGCCUAUGAAAUUGUACCUCAGCUAUCUUGUGCUAUCAAAUCAAAUUCACUUCACUUUACAAGCCGAGAGAAUGCAGAUUCUCAAGAUGGCAUAAGAUGUCAAGCUAGCCAGAAUGAAAUCACAGAACGGAUGGGCUCAAAUAUAUCAGUAUCUGAACGAACUCCAGUAAGCAACAUCAAAACUAGCGUGUGGCAUCACAGUGAAAAUAAUUUGUGUAAAGCAAGGACCAGCGUAAAACAGGAUUUUAUGUUGAAUGUGAACGCAAGUGAGAUAAAAGGUGGUUAUAGAGCUGAUGUUUUGGAGACUAGUAAUUAUAAUUCUUCUGCGAAUAAUCACAUUUACAGUGGAAUUAUGACUUCUGAGCAAGUGAAGGAUUUAAAUAAAGAGAAAGGCAAUCCAAGUAUUGAUCUUGUGGCUGUGAAGGGAAUAGAACCAAGUGACUGGAACACAACGGAGGCCAUACAAUCUGAAUACAUGCAUUUGUCCCAGAGAAAAAAUGAUUGGAAAGAAGACAUGUUCCUAUCAACAAGCUGCAGGAGAACAGCACGUUUGGAUGAAAGGAUUAAAGAACUUCAUCUUAGUCGUUGCACAAAAACUGGAAUAGGGAUGGAGUGGUUCCCUGAACUGUAUCCAGGAUACCAUAGCAUUGGACUGAGAAUGCUUCCUGAACAAACUAAACAGUUUGAAACCCCAAUCAGACUGUCUGCCACUUGGCGUGAAAACAUAAAAGGUUAUAGUAAGUAUUGCAAUAAAUAUAUGAACCCAAGGAGAAGAGGAGCUGGAGGUGUGAUCACUUUGUUUUUGGGAUGUGCACUCUUCAGCUACAUUUGGAAUUAUGAUUUGAUCAAACAUGAUUACAGAAGAAAAUACCAUUGAGAAUUGAGCUACAAUGUUUUUGAUUCAUUCCACUCCAACAUGAAAAAGUUGAAGACACUAUAUGAAGAAAAAAGAUUAAAAAUUUUGCAUUGGAUUUUAAUUAGUUUUUUUUUAGUUACUCUGCCUAGCAUUGUGUAGGAGAGGGCAUGAAUAAGAUAAAAUAUACCUGAGUUGCUUUACUCUGAUAUUUUAAGAUUUUACAAGCUGUAAAUAAAAAUAUUAUUUGUAA